UCAGGGCGUCCCGCUCCCGCGGAGCAGCUGCCGCCCUGCACGGCGGUGUCGCGCUCGUCCCUCGGGCAGCCUUGCCGCUCUCCGUUGGCUUCCCGCCUCGCCUCGCCGAUCGCUUUUUCUCCUCAGUCCGGCGAGGCGGCCGGCAGAAGAACUCGCCUGGCAAACUUGGUGCGGCGUGGCCUGGAAAUGGAGUCUGAGCUGCGCGGCGGGGCGGUGCACGCCGGGAGAGGGCAGCGGGCCGCUGGAAAUGUGCCCCGAGAGCUGCAAAGCGUUCUCUCCUCGCACGUUCAGCGUGUGGGGGGCGAUUGUUAGAGUGUUGGUAGCCUUAUAUGAAGAGCCAGAGAAACCAGAUAGUGCACUGGAUUUUCUGAAGCAUCAUCUGGGAGCUUCAGCUCCUGAGAAUCCGGAAAUAGAGGCACUUCGCUUGGAAGUGGCAGAGAUGAAAGAAAAAUAUGAAGCUGUGCUGGAAGAAAAUAAAAAACUGAAAACCAAGCUGGCUCAGUAUGAACCUCCUCAAGAUGAGAAGCAUGGUGAAUAACAGUAGUUUUUCCUUUAUUGCCUUGACUUAAUAAAGGGCUUCCUGAGAAA